GCCUUCUGUUUUCUUUCUUUACUUCAUGGGUCAAAUAAAGAAGUAACGAAAAUUGCAAAUAAAAUGUGCUCGAAAAAAGCUCUAAUCUGAGAUUGAAGGGCUAGAGAAUGGGUUCUCACCAAGUUCAGGCAGCAACUAAAGUAUAUCGUGACCUUCUCAAAGCAGUGAAAAAACACAUUGGAAAUGAAGAGUACAAGAAGCAUUUUAGUGAGCAUAUAACGCAAGAGUUUAGGAUGAACUGUCAACUUUCAGACCCUUCUUUGGUUACCAAAAAGAUCAAGCUUGCCAAUGAUUAUACUUUUUUACUUAACAGUGUGCAUCAUCACAAGGAGUUAUUGUUUUCUUACAACGUAGCAGUAGAUAGGUCAGAUGAAAUGAAAAGAAUACUUGGAAAAUCAGCGGCUAGUGUUGGUCUUCAGCUUCCUGAGGUCUAUCAGCCUUGAUAUCAGUGGAGGAUAGUUUUCUUCAUCCUCUUUAUCUUGGGGAGAAUAAUUUUGCCUCUGCCAUUCUAUAAAUGCUGAAAACUCAAAUCAAUUAGAUUCUUGUUUAUAUCUACAAUUUAUGCUCUGCCAACCAAUUGAAACCCUGGAUUGGUUAACUUGUUUUUGCAUUGUGGUUGAAUUGAACUUGUUAAUGCUGCUUGAACCUUGAAGAAGCUGCAAGGAGCUGUUUUGUUUGAAAGGGGGAAACGUUUAUCUGUGUUUCUUCAUCAGGAAUCAUGCUAUCUCAUAUUCAUAUGCUAAUUUUCGUGCGACAAGUUAACUAUUUAUCUUGUUCUGCAUGAUGUGUUAUAAUCCUUGGUCGAAACUCCUGAUAUUAAAGCAGUUAUCAUUUGAGUUAAGCAUCCGUUUUCAGUGUUUUGCAGUUGUAUAUUUCCAUUUUCCUGCAGUAAUGCUAGUGUUGUAGUUGUUCUAUCAUAACAGAAAUCAACAGCAAGCUUUUGUUCUUUUUAACAAGGUACAAUUUAGAGAGGCGAUUCAAACCGAGCUUUUUUAGCUUAAUCAGGAAUAUCAGCACCUACCAUUGGCCCUAACACCUUGGUACGGCAAGCUUUUCUAUGUAGAAAUUGUUCGAACAAAACUCCAUUGAUUGCCUUAAGUCCUUAUAACCUGUAGCUGCAUUGGGUUCUGUAAUUGAUGCUCUCUGGGCCUGCAACUUGUUUUUUUUACUGAUCCAAGUGCAUUUAAAUAAUGGACAAGCUAGAC